CCAGCUGCCUGACAGCGAGUGAUAAAGAACACCUAUCACAUCCCAGUAUGGCUGUUGUAAGGCGACUGCUUAUUUGCUGAAAUAUUUUUUAUUAUACCUCUUUGCUGCAAUUAUUGAAGUUUCUGUAGCCACGUGACCAAUAUGUAAUACCUCCAAGAAACAACUGCUCCUUCCUGGCCUCUCCCUAGCAGUCUGGCAUCAUGGAUCAGCUAAAUCGUUUCAAAGCUAGGGAUCCACUUGCAGGAUCUGUAUAUGAAAAAGUAUAUCAAGACCUCAAGAACAUUUCUAAAAAUGGAGAAAACUUUUGCAAGACUCUUAUGUCUGUUCUACAACAAAGAGCUUCCCUGGAGUUAAAUUACUCUAAAGGACUUGAAAAGGUUUCCAGCAAACUCACAAAAGCCCUGGAUGGUAUAAACAAAAAUUGCAUUAAUAAUGCCUGGGCCUGUGCUGCUGAAGAAAUGAAGGCAACAGCUGAAGUACACAAAAAACUUGGCACAGCUAUGCAACAAGAUGCCAUUAAACCAACAAAUCAAAUCUUAGAAGAACAUGACAAGAGAAGGAAAAAGCUAGAUAAUGACGUUGACAAGGCGGCAAAUGCUGUGCUAAACAACUGGAAACAACAGAUCAAGAUUAAAAAGAAGCUUAUGGAUCAUACUAAGAAACACGAAGUUCUUUUUCAUCAUGUAGAAAAUGAAAACACCAAACAGUCCUCAUCAGAGAAGGAGAAGCAGAAGCUUCUGAAUAAAUUAAAAAAAUCAACAGAAGUCCUGACCAAAGCAGAUGAAGAUUAUUAUCAGGAGAAUAUCAAUGGACAAGCAGUGAGGCUGAAGUGGGAAUGUAGUUUGGAGAGUUGUUAUCAGAGUAUCCAAGAUCUUGAAAAAGAAAGAAUACAAGUCCUCUCCCAUAUACUAACAUUAUAUAACCAGCAUGUUUCCAGCUAUGGACAGACACUCAGUGUGUGUCAAAGUCAAAUAGACCAGGCUAUUAAAAACAUUGACGUUGAAAAGGAUAUUCAAGCCUUUAUGGAGGAAACCGCUAUUUUUACAGAGGACAAUAAAUCAGAAUUUCUGCUCUUGGAUUACUAUGAGGAAGAUGGCUCUGCUUCUAUGGAUCAUGAGAGAAGAAUCACUUCGAUCAAUGGGAAACUUGAACGACUUCAGAAUGACAUUGAUAAAGCUGUUAAAGACAAAGAAGGGCUGGAGAAAAUGAUGAGAGCCUAUAAAGAAAAUCCAUCAUUUUCUGAUAUGAAGAAUGAAGAAGAAACUGCCAUUGUUCUAGAAGAGACCGGUCUAAAAACAAACCUUCUUGAAGCCAAUUACUUCAAACUGUCCUUGGCACUAGCAGAGUUGGAGCAGCAGUCUCUUCCAACACACCCAUGUAGUGAACGCAUGGUCAAGUGGAGAGAAAAGGGAUGUCAGCUGUGUUCUGUGCAGGUAUCCCGAUCUAUAAAUGCCAGCAAGCUAAGGCGUGCUUCCACCAGGAGGAUAUCGAGUAGGAGUACCGCAUACAGUAACUCCUCAACUAAUGAUUAUGUCAUAGAACCCGAUGAAAUGGAUUUUCCCAGCAAACCACCAAGAGGCUUAACCAAAAGAUCUUCAAAAAAUAUGCGUGGCUCAAUGAGGGAACAUGGAGACAUGGAGACUAGUGGUAAUAUUUCAUGCCGGGUCUUAUACCCAUAUGAACCUCAGAGGAAUGAUGAACUGGGCUUACAGAAAGGUGACUUGAUUAUUAUUCAAAAGAAGAGCGAUGAUGGAUGGUGGUUUGGAAGCCUCAAUGGAAAGAAGGGUUAUUUCCCAUCUACAUACGUUGAAGAAGAACCUAACAAUCAGUUUUCAGAUGCUUAGUGGAAAUUCAGUUUUUAUUAUUAUUAUUAUUAUUUUUCUAAACAGAAAUGGCAAAGUAUAUUCACACUGACUUCAUUUAAAACGGGGGUUCACCCCAAAAAAUCUUUUAACAUGACAUUCAGCCGAGUGAUUGACAUCCUUCCGA